AUGAGUGGCGAAGGCACUCUUCAGCGGUCAAGCUGGAAAGCGGAAGCUAUCCGGCGGGGAGACUUGAAGAUUAGCGGACCAAUCCCCAUUACCGAGGACAUGCCGCUCAACGAAGACGAGGAAAGAGAAUAUGCGGAGAAGCACAGAACAGAGUCGUCACCGCAGCCGCAAGACGCGGUCCCCCCGCAACCACAAUAUCCGCCGGACCCACCUCCAGCUCCGCCUAGCGUUCACGAUGAAACUGAACAGCAGCCCAACCAUGUAGAGGCUGAGCCUCAGAUACACGAGGACCUCCAUGAGCUUCGCCACAAGAAGUCGUCGAGUGGCGUUCGGGAGACGAGCGAAAUGCAGCACAGAAGCUCCGUCGAGCCUGCGCCGUACAGCAGCCCAAGUCCCUUCCCGUCGAUACCCGAAAGCUCUUCCAAGACGAGUCCGAACAAGAAGAAGCGGAAGAGUGGUUUGCGAAAUGUCUUCAGGAAGAUGUUUGGUAGGAGGAGUCGGGAGGAACAUCACGAGGAAGAAGGAGACGCUACGCAUAAGGGGCAUGGCCAUACAGUCAGUGAUCCCGGCCUGUUGAGACAGUCCUCAGAUAGGAGUAGGAGACCGAACAACCACGGUCCGCGAAUCUCCGACCUGCCAGUGCAGGAGCCGCAACCCAUCAAUCCUCUCGGGCAGCACCUUCCGUUCCCGAUGAACGUCAAUGCCCCGCAAGAAGCCAGUCCCCCUCAUGAAUACCUAAGGUUCGAGAUCCCUUCGCCAGAUCUCGGCCGCCGCAGAGCAACGCUCCCGACCAUUCUUGCCAAUCCCGAAACACAAAGUUUAGAUGGGAGAAGGAAGCUGCUGCCGACUUGGGAGGAGCAGCGGGACGGUGAAUCAAUACCGUCACCGCAGAUUGGUAUCGCUUUGUCAAGUCCACCGCAUGCUGGCCAGUUCGAGCAUUCGCUGCAGUCAAAGCGUAGGUCGCGGAGCGCUGGCGCUUUGCGCGAUCUGGCCAAAGCCCGACCGUCCGUUGAGCGGAGACGGAGCGCGGAGAUACGGCAUUGGAGAAGCAGUUACGCGUCUGCCAGUGUCUACAGCACAAACACGCCACGGCCGCAGACAGCGAGGACCGUAGAAACUGUACAGACCGCGGAUACUCGGGAUACCCACGACACUAUGGCGAAACCACCGGAAUCCAUUGCGUCGCCGAGUACGUUUGACGAUGCCCCCACGGUAGCCCAGCACGAUCAGGAUAUCAGCCAGAUCCCCAUAGAAGCCUUCAACUUUAGCAAUUCUGAUCCUCGUCCGGUAGCGCAACACGAUCAAGACAUCAGUCAGAUACAGCUCCCGGUAGAAGCCUUCAACUUCGGCAACCUGAGGAGCGGCUUCUCCGAUGACGAGGAUUCUGAAGAGCCCGCACUUCCUCCUCGCUCGGAAAACCGCCUUUCCAUUGAAGACCGCGUGAGGCAUCUAGAAGACAACAUGCGCACGCUCGAAACCUCCGUCCGCCGCAUCUCAGGCCGCAGCAACCGCCAAACCAUCAUCCUCGAGAACGCACCUAAGGGCCGUCGUUCAAGAAACCGCAGCUCCUCCGCUACCAGCGACCGCCAAAGCCUGCACCACUCAUCUAGCAAGAGCAGUAACCACACCCUGCACGGUCACCACGAAGCAGACGCUCCUUCGUCACCCACGCUGGCACCGCUCUCCGCGGUCAAAGAAUUCCCCAGCUCGACCGACCGACCCGAGACCAUCAUUUCGCUCGAAAAUCGGCCCUCCACAGCGCAGCGCUCAGAUCUCGUUUCCCAAUUCAACGCCAUCCAGGAAGCGCUCAAACACGAACGCACCGCCCGCAAAACCCUCGAAUCCCAAGUCUCCACCCUCCAGCGCGAGCUCUCAGACCUACAUGCCCUCGUCACCAAGAUCAUGUGCGCCACUUCCCCGUCCUACCCUACGCCCUCCCCAGACGCCAUCAUUGCGUCCAACGAGGAGCGGAUGUCCACGCCGAGGGCGUCCACCACGCAGAGGGGGCCAAAGGAGAUGUCUCUUUUUCCGAGCCCGUUCAGUCGGCGGAGCGAGACGGAUAGCGAGGGAAGGGGAAGAGGUGACUGGAGUGUAAGCAGUAGUAGAGAGGAUGUCACGAGUCCAGAGGACUGGGCGACGCCGAAGGAGGAGAGCGGGUUCGGGAGUGGCUUCUUUGGGCCGCAGCGGACGAGGAGCCGGGAUGCGUUGAAGCAGGAAGACGAAAUCUUCUAA